AUGGUUGUUUCAUAUUUAUGGCAAUCAUACUCUUCCUCCAAUUUCCAGUGGAUUUACCCAUUGCAUACCGGUAACUGCCUUCAAAAUGCAAAGUCUCCCUUUACCGCGGAACUAUUGCUCAAGAGGAAAAGCGAUGAUAUCCAGGAUAUCCAAAAUAGCAGAAUGAUUGAGUUGCUACUGCAGGGCGCAUAUGAUACGAAGAGACAGCAAACAUAUAUACAGGGAUACAUUCCGAGCAGGAAGAAAAAGACUCACAUCAAGAAAUUCCUAAAGAAGCAGAAAAAAUCAAGGAAACCGGUCACGUUAGAACAAGGCUGCUUGUCCGGCCCCGUAACUCUGCGUUUCGGAAAUUUUGCAGGAAUUAGAGAUUUGAGAGGUGCGAGAUGUCCGCUCCACGGCAUAAAACAUGGCGUUCACCCCAAACCUGGAGAGAGAUGUGCGUGUCAACAAGCCACUCUCUUCCCAAGCCCACUGACUAAACUCAGUCAUGACCAGUCAGUUGCACUCGAUUGGCUUGGGUCCUCUUCACGCUUUCUUGACAAUAUUGCCGAUGAUUUUUCAUCCUUGUAUUUUUGA